AUCCUGCUGAUAAAAAAAGACCAAAGCACUGUAAGAAAUGGAGUGAAAAGGAAGUCUGAGGGAGCUGAGUUGCCUUUGUCUUCAUACUCCCCUUUUUAUUUCUUUACUGUAUUUUUUUAUCUUUUGUAAUAUUUUUCCCUAAUUACCUCUCAUCAGGCAUAUUGUGUUUUGUGGCCACCUGAACACACAGAAGAUCCGUAUUUUUAUAAAGACAAGGAUUAACAGGGAUGCUGACCUGGUCUUUCUGGGCGAUUGUACUCCGUGUGUGAACUGCGAAUCACCACUCGAAGGCUUGCAUCCUGUCCAAGGCCUGGUUCAAGAUGGUCGAGAACUUGCUGCGGUAAUCAUGUUACUUUACUCUUGUUCAGACUUGAGGAAGAUUGAACCCUUUCUAUGUAAUUUUACUUUAUUAGUAUUUUUUCAUGGUGUGGUCUAGUGUAAAGACUCUUAUGUAAAGGAUUUGAACUUAUCAUUUCCUUUCCAGAUCCAUAAAGCACGUGCCUGCAUUUUCCUCUCAAACCAAAAUAGCAAAGACCAGGAAGGGGAAGACUUAGGAAACAUAAAGUUGGCAUUAGAUGUCUCAAGAUCCACAGCUUCCCCAGUACUCCUGGAAUUGCUUCAGUGCAAGAGCAAGGUUGCUUUCACAUACCAGUUGGUACCAGUGAGACUAAGUUCAUUUGAUAUUGUUGAUUUACUUGAAUAGUUUAGAUUUGUAUUUUACAGGAACUCUUUGAUGAGGUGUUUCAGCCAAGACCAGAAGACGGCGAUGUGAGUGUCUUCUGCUAUGCAGAGUUUAAGCUUAGACUGAUGGGCUAUUCAUGCCUCAUCCCUGGAUUCUCCACAUUACUGGCAAACCUAAUUUUGCCAGAUAGGGUUGAAGAUAUCGCCAGUGUACGUACAUCCGUUAAUCUAAGUUGAUUGGUGUUUUUGUUAGUAAUCAAGUUUCCUAAGGGCUAUUGAUACAUUGGGUUAGCGAAGUUUGAAGCUUGUGUCACAUAACUGAAUGCUGUAUUUCCAGCAGACCCAUGACUUGUGCUAUUUAACCUGGCUCUACUUCACCGCAGUUACAGCAACUGCUGUCGGCUAUGGUGAUGUCUCAUGCAAGACAAUAAUAAGCAGAUUAAUCCUCACCUAACCCUUGCCACAAUGGCAGAUAUUGAAAGUAAACUGUGGCUGACAGUCUUUGAUAAAAAAUACAGGUCAUCAGAUCAUGAGGGUAAUCUUCGUACUGAAGAUUGAAGAAAUAGGAGGUUAUGCUGAGAUAUCCCAUUUAAUUAUCAUCUGGAAGUACCUGAUCAGGAUAUUAACGUGGUGGUUUGUGGUGACUGGGUUUAUAUAUUAUGUAAGUAAGGAUAUGAAUACUUUUGUACCAGACUUAGUGAGGAUGAUUUUAGCCGUAUUUCCGGACUUUACUCCUUAUAGACCGAUAUUGCGCAACAAGCAUAUUGUGUUUUGUGGCCACCUGAACACACAGAAGAUCCGUAUUUUUAUAAAGACAAGGAUUAACAGGGAUGCUGACCUGGUCUUUCUGGGCGAUUGUACUCCGUGUGUGAACUGCGAAUCACCACUCGAAGGCUUGCAUCCUGUCCAAGGCCUGGUUCAAGAUGGUCGAGAACUUGCUGCGAUCCAUAAAGCACGUGCCUGCAUUUUCCUCUCAAACCAAAAUAGCAAAGACCAGGAAGGGGAAGACUUAGGAAACAUAAAGUUGGCAUUAGAUGUCUCAAGAUCCACAGCUUCCCCAGUACUCCUGGAAUUGCUUCAGUGCAAGAGCAAGAUUUGUAUUUUACAGGAACUCUUUGAUGAGGUGUUUCAGCCAAGACCAGAAGACGGCGAUGUGAGUGUCUUCUGCUAUGCAGAGUUUAAGCUUAGACUGAUGGGCUAUUCAUGCCUCAUCCCUGGAUUCUCCACAUUACUGGCAAACCUAAUUUUGCCAGAUAGGGUUGAAGAUAUCGCCAGUCAGACCCAUGACUUGUGCUAUUUAACCUGGCUCUACUUCACCGCAGUUACAGCAACUGCUGUCGGCUAUGGUGAUGUCUCAUGCAAGACAAUAAUAAGCAGAUUAAUCCUCACCUAA